CUCUCGCUCUCCCGAUAUGCGAGAAGAGACAGGAAGCGCCUCGAACGCGAGAGCCAAGAAGGGAACAACACACCUACUACUACUGCAGAGAGCAUGUUGACGCGCAAGCAACAGUGGCGCCGAGUGAGGGGGCCGAGGUCGUCCGUGGAAACACACCAGCUCGCCGAUAGAGGCGGCAGAAAGACCUGCCCGCGUGCCGCGAGGGUGCCGGAUGCGCUCGCCCACCCUCGUGCCAUCAACUCUCUGAGCAUCGAUGAUUCUCUGCUCCGUCUAGUUGCGACCGGCCGCCCCGCUGCCAGCGAUGAAGAAGACGAGCCUGCGGCCGCCGCCGCCCCGGCUGUCCCAAGCAGCAGCGUGCGCCGACCUGUGGUUGAUGAAAUUGGCGCAAUCCGCGUUGGAAGCAACGUUCGGUUCAACCACCAAGUGAGGGUGGUCUUGGUGCCUUCAAGGAAGGAGCUCCGUCCGCUCAUCGAGGAGCUGUGGUGGGGAACGAACGACUACGUUGAGUUCAGGCGCGAGUUCGUCCAAGCAAUGAGGGAGGCAGCCGCCGCCGAGGUGGAAAACAGAGCCAACCAAGAAACACCAUCUGUGCCGGAGAUCCAAGACACGGUAUCCAACAUAUUCCCGACGGUGGGUGGCCCGGCCGAGGGCCAGGAAGACGGCGGCGACUGCGACGGCGGGCUGCUCCGGCCGGCGGCCCCGGGGGUUGUGCUCGUCGCCACCUCGAUCCCGCCGGAGGCGCUAACCCUAGCGUCGGCGGCGACGACGGCGAGGAAGCCGCCGGCCACCGCGGAACGCCGCCGGAAAAAGUCGACGGCGGGCGGGGGCCGGCGGGGGCGGAAGAAGGAGGGAACGUCACUUCUGCCGUCCCCGGGGUCGUUUUCAUCCUCGCGGGAUUCGUGGCGCCUGGUGGCCCCGGCGGUGCAGGAGUUGCGCCGGGCGGAGCGCGUGAAGCGGGCGGCGGACUUCAAUUGGGCCCCGAUCGCCGGGCCAUCCACGGCGGCGGCGAAAGCGGCGGCAGCGGCGGCGGCAGAGGCGGCGGCGGCACAGGACGAAGAAGAGGACGGGGGGUACCGCACCCACUCGUUGAGCUCGGCGUCGGAAGAAGGCUGUGAUGACAGCGACGAGGAGAGCGGGCACGGCUGCGGGAAGGACGAGGAGUGCCGGGGUGCGGCCAAGACAAUGACCAGGUCUCCUCAGCAGCCAGGUUGCGGCCCCGACUUGUUCUCCCGCGAUGAGCGCACCGUUUGCAUGGCAUGAUUUUAUGUAUCGGUUCUCUACCCUCACGCCGGCGGUAGAUUCUGCGGUACGGCUGCCAUUAUGGGCCUGCAAGUCCUUUGUAGCUUGCCUUGCGGAAGAAUGGCGUUCUGGGUUUGCACUCGGCAGGGGAUGAGUAGCGAGGCGAGUUGAUGAUGAUAGGAUUGUUCCCCACGCUCUACCUGGGUGUCGUGACUUGCGCGAUUCGCUCACCCACAAGGGCAAAAAAGGGGUUGCGGAUCGUGUUUUGUGGAGGAGUUAAUGCGUCGACGCGUGGGUGCUGCUGCGGAUAAAAGAGAGUGCUUUGCCCACAACGGAAGGACGUUUAUUUGAUCCAUGACAACAAGAAGGAUGCGUAUUGUAUGCUACUCCGAUUGGUUUCUUCUUGUGAGCGUGGGAGUGCUUCUGUGUUUCGGGAGUUCUAUGUGUGUGGUUUUCGUAUGUUGGCUUGUUUCCGAUGGGGUUGGGCAUGCAUUACACCCUUCUCCCUGGACGGUUUGUGAUUUCAUGUAUUUUUUGGAACGCGUUGUGUCUCCGUUUCCACCAUAGACUAGAGGAGGGGAACACCAGAGGAAAGGCCGAGGUCUCUGUUGUUCUGGUGAUUUGUCUGUUGCUUGCAGUCCAUGAGAACAUUCGUGCUAUACUUCAUGGUUGCUGCCUAUUUGUUUGUGGCUACUUUUCAGAGGCAAUGCAUGCUUUGGGAAGAGGCCUUCUAUACUUAAUGGUUGCUGCCUAUGUUGUUUGUGGCUACUUUUCAGAGGCAAUGCAUGCUCUGGGAAGAGGCCUUCGGCACUCCAAAAACAGGGAGAGAACGCUAGAGGAGGAAACGCUCAGAACUGGCUGGGUACAUGGUGAUAUGUCAGACGCUCGUGUGUCUUUGUUUUUUUGCGAACGCUCGGUUUGUUUGCUGCUCACUGGUCUGGAGGGUCGUGGACGAUCGAUCCUAGCGUCAUUUUUGUGCGUUUUUUUUUUUGAUGUCCAGAGGCACCCCAACAGUGUGGGACGAGCUCUCGACAUGCGAAGUGGGAUGCAUGGGUGGCCUGGGUUGCUGUUAUUUCGGAGGGUUGCGACAGUUUUUGCGAAGUGUGAAGUUUGAAGCACUGAACCUUGCUGCUGCUGCUUCUGCUGGGUGAGGGGUGCUUGUCCCAUGUGUAUGUAGCUCGACUUGUUUGCUGCUUGCAGUCGGCGAGAGCAUGUGUUUGCACAAAACCUUCUACGUACUGCAUUUGUUGUGUAGAGGCGCCAUGCUUUGGAACGACGCCUUGGACACUCAGAACAGCGGGGGGGGGGGGACAGGCAGAAACUGUCAGAACUGGCUGGGUACGUGCACUUGCGUGUCUUCGUUUUUUUUUCUUCUUGUU